AUGGGCAGCACCCUGGAGCCCCCCGGGGGCGCGUACCUGCAUCUGGGGGCCGUGACCUCCACGCUGGGCGCCGCCCGCCUGCUGCAGCUGGCCUUGGGCUGCACCACCAUCAGCCUGGUGGCCCACCGGGGCGGCUUCGUGGGGACCCAGGGCACCUUCUGCAUGGCCGCCUGGGCCUUCUGCUUCGCCGUCUCGGCGCUGGUGGUGGCCUGCGAGCUCACACAGCUGCAAGGCUGCCUGCGCCUCUCCUGGGGCAACUUCACGGCCGCCUUCGCCAUGCUGGCCACGCUGCUGACCGCCACAGCUGCGGUCAUCUACCCGCUGUACUUCACGCGGCUCUCAUGCCCACCCCAGCCUGCCGGCUGCGCCACCCGGGACUUCCGCCUGGCUGCCAGCAUCUUCGCCGGCCUCCUCUUCCUGGCCUACACCGCCGAGGUGGCGCUGACCCGGGCCCGGCCCGGCCAGGUGACCAGCUACAUGGCCACGGCGUCGGGGCUCCUCAAGGUCGUCCAGGCCUUCGUGGCCUGCAUCAUCUUCGGGGCGCUGGUUCACGACAGCGGCUACGGGCGCUACGCGGCCACCCAGUGGUGCGUGGCCGUCUACAGCCUGUGUUUCCUGGCCACGGUGGCCGUGGUGGCCCUGAGUGUUCUGGGCCACGCGGGGGCCCUGGGCCGCGCCUUCGAGCGCCUGGUGGUGCUCUACACCUUUCUGGCUGUGCUCCUGUACCUCAGCGCCGCCGUCACCUGGCCCGUCUUCUGCUUCGACCCCAAGUACGGUGAGCCCCGGCGGCCCCCGGACUGCCCUGGGGGCAGCUGCCCCUGGGACAGCCAGCUGGUGGUGGCCAUCUUCACGUACGUCAACCUGCUGCUCUAUGUGGCCGACCUGGCCUAUGCCCAGAGGCUGCGCUUUGUGCCCACCCCGUAGCGGCCAGCACCCGGGCCCGGCCAAGGGCCACCAGCCCCUCUGCUCCCCGGCCAGAGGAGACCCGGACGAAGCAUGAUGCACAGGAUGCAAGGAGGGGAGGCCAGGCUGGGG